AUGCAAACUGAUUUAGAUCAAAAUGUAAUAUUGAAUGUCGGCGGAACAAAGUUUGAAACAAAAAUUUCAACCUUAUUAUCACAACCUGACACAUUGCUCGGAAAAAUGUUUCAUCCAAGAAACAGAUCACUCUUAAAACCAACACAUAGAGAUAAUGAAUAUUUCUUUGACAGGAAUCCAAAAGCAUUCUAUUAUAUUUUAGAAUAUUAUCGUACUGAAUUAGAUUAUUUUAAUAUUGAGAUGAGCAUGAAAGAAUUGAAUUUAGCAGAGAAAGCAGCAGCAGAAAUUUUUACGAAAUUUAUUAAAGCAAUUGAAAAUCUAAUCUAUGAAGCAAUUAGAACAUUCUCAAGCUCUAUUACAAUCGAAUUCUUUAGUUCUUCAAAAUCGCCCUCAAUCCAAUUCAAUGACACACCAAUGAAAGAUAAACUUCUUGAAUACAAAUUUAUUGGUUAUGGGAUUUUAGAUCAUUUUGAUGAAAGUUACUUAUCAGAUUGUUUAACCAGAAGUUUUCCUUUUAUGGAUACUACAAAAAGAAGAAAUCAUGGACGUAAUAAACAUGGGCGUGGUCACGUUAAACCAGUAAGAUGUUCUAAUUGUGCCAGAUGUGUACCCAAGGCUUCAGUUUACGAUGAAUACGCACUUCCAAAAUUAUACAUAAAAGUACAUUAUUGUGUUUCUUGUGCCAUCCAUUCUCACAUAGUCAGAGUUAGAUCUCGUGAAGGCCGUCGUAAUCGUGCUCCUCCACCAAGAAUUCGUUAUAAUAAGGACGGGAAAAAGAUUAAUCCUACUGUUCAACAAAAAAAUGCUGCCUAA